AUGAGUCAACAAAACACCACCGUAAGAACCCAGAUGGUAGAAGAACGCAUUCUGCUCCCUGCAAUGUCCAACCAGAGACAUCUCCCCUCCAAAAUGGAUGGUGGCCCUCAGAAUUUCAAGGCUGCCCUUGCUGCUGUGGCUGCCAUCUUCUUGCAGCUUGGUGGUGCUGAACUGAUAUAUGCAGAGAAAGGCUCUUCGCAGGAGCUGCCAUGCUCAUGUCCGUCCUGCUCUGGCGAACGCGGGGAAGUCUCCUGGUACCAUGAGCAGCAAGGCAGACCCACCCCUCUCUUUUCGAAGCCGGAGAACAGCCCCGUGUCUCGUCUCCCAGAGGCCUGGGAUCGACUCAGCAUGCUUCCAAAUUACUCCCUUCGGUUUAGCAAUGUGACGGACAGCGAUCACGGCAGAUACUGGUGCAGCUCGGGCAAUUAUUACGACCUGGUGGUCAUCACAGGCAAUAAGUGGAUGCUGGAGAGCAGAAGGUCCGAUCUUGUGUGCUAUGUCCUGAGCUGCUCUUUCUUGAGCAAGGAAUCAGGCAUUCCUGUGGUGAGCUGGUGGGAAGGCAAGAAAGCUCUCCGGGAGCAAGGCGAGAAGGAGGGAGGCUACAGCAUCUUCAAAGGUCAAAGGGCAUCUCAGCUCCACAUUUGCUUGAGGGAAGGGAAGGAGACCAAAGAGAGAAGAAUGAAGUGCAGCUUUGCAGAGAAGCAGGAGAUCACCUUCCGUUUGACGGCGAGGGGACAGGAUUCGUGCGGCUGCUGCGGUUGGCUGCCGUUUCCUCAAGGAAAAGUAAAAGGUUGCUUAACGCCUCCAUGCCCAGAAAGUGAAGGAAGUGGGGGCACCUGGAUCCCGCUGGCUGUUUGUGUCACGUUCCAGUCUCUAAUCAUAUUCGUGCUGGGAGUGCUGCUAUGGAGAAGCUGUCGCCAGAAGCAUCCAGCCCACCUUGGGGAGCUCAGAAAAGGUGUUUCCAAGCUGGACGGCACAUCACAAGUCUAUGUGAAUGUCAGGACCUGAUCAGAGAUGGCUGCUGUGGCGAGGGAAAGCCUCUGGUUCCCCAUGAGUCAGUCAACCCUGGACCAUACCUAGUGGAGCUUGUAUGCUGUUAUGACCCUCCAGCAUAAACUUUUUCCAGGCAUCUGAUUUUGUCUGUCCUUCCAGGGAAGACUUUCCACCUUGCCAAACCUUUCCUAGAUUCCUGCAUAAUGCUUGUAGAUGGAAGGAUCAGGCACAGAAAGCAGUUCUCCCUGCAAGCAAUCUUAUUA